UUGUGGCUGCUGCCGCGGGCCGGGGAGCUGCUCUGAGGGAACCGCGCGAGCCUCCGCCUCUGGAGGCCGUUGGCGGGCGCAGAGCGGUGCCGCUCAGGUAGAGCCGCUGCCGGCCGUUCCCGUCUGCUCGGCAGGAGACGCUGAAGCUGCUGUGGGCAGGGGCCGCGCGGCUCUUCCCCGCUCAGCGGUGGCUGCGGCUCGAGUCUCCAUGUCGGACAACCAGAGCUGGAACUCCUCCGGCUCCGAGGAGGACCCCGAGACCGAGCUCGGGCUGCCUGUUGAGCUCUGCGGGGUGCUAAGCAAGUGGACCAACUACAUUCAUGGAUGGCAAGAUCGGUGGGUGGUUCUGAAAACCAACACACUCAGUUAUUAUAAGUCUGAAGACGAAACAGAAUAUGGCUGCAGAGGCUCUAUCUGCCUGAGUAAAGCUGUGAUUACACCCCAUGACUUUGACGAAUGCAGAUUUGAUAUUAGUGUAAAUGAUAGUGUUUGGUAUCUUCGAGCUCAGGACCCAGACCACAGACAACAGUGGGUAGAUGCAAUAGAACAACACAAGACUGAAUCUGGCUAUGGAUCAGAAUCAAGUUUACGCCGCCAUGGCUCCAUGGUGUCUCUUGUUUCUGGAGCAAGUGGAUAUUCUGCAACAUCCACCUCUUCGUUCAAGAAGGGCCAUAGCUUACGUGAGAAGCUUGCAGAAAUGGAAACCUUUAGAGACAUCUUGUGUAGACAAGUUGAUACUUUACAGAAAUAUUUUGAUGCUUGUGCAGAUGCAGUUUCCAAAGAUGAACUCCAGAGGGAUAAAGUGGUAGAAGAUGAUGAAGAUGAUUUCCCUACAGUGCGUCCUGAUGGGGACUUUUUACAUAACAGUAACAGCAGUAGGGAAAAAUUAUUUCCACAUGUGACACCCAAGGGAAUUAAUGGCAUAGACUUUAAAGGAGAAGCUAUAACAUUCAAGGCAACUACUGCUGGAAUCCUUGCUACGCUAUCUCACUGUAUUGAACUAAUGGUAAAACGUGAAGAAAGCUGGCAAAAAAGGCUAGAUAAGGAAACAGAAAAAAGGAGAAGAACAGAAGAAGCAUAUAAAAAUGCUGUAACAGAACUGAAGAAAAAGUCCCACUUUGGAGGGCCAGACUAUGAGGAGGGCCCUAAUAGUCUGAUUAAUGAAGAAGAAUUCUUUGAUGCUGUUGAAGCUGCUCUUGAUAGACAGGAUAAAAUGGAAGAACAGUCUCAAAGUGAAAAGGUCAGAUUGCACUGGCCAACGUCCCUACCUUCUGGAGAUGCAUAUUCUGCUGUGGGGAGUCAUCGAUUUGUCCAAAAGCCCUAUAGUCGCUCUUCCUCCAUGUCUUCCAUUGAUCUAGUCAGUGCCUCUGAUGAUGUUCACAGAUUCAGCGCCCAGGUGGAAGAGAUGGUACAAAACCAUAUGACUUAUUCCUUACAAGAUGUAGGAGGAGAUGCCAAUUGGCAGCUAGUGGUUGAAGAAGGAGAAAUGAAGGUGUACAGAAGAGAGGUGGAAGAAAAUGGAAUAGUUUUGGAUCCUUUGAAGGCAACACAUGCUGUUAAAGGGGUAACAGGACAUGAAGUUUGCCACUACUUCUGGAACGUGGACGUUCGUAAUGACUGGGAAACAACCAUUGAAAAUUUCCACGUUGUGGAAAAUUUAGCUGAUAACGCAAUCAUCAUUUACCAGACACACAAGAGAGUGUGGCCAGCUUCUCAAAGAGAUGUGCUGUAUCUGUCUGCCAUCAGAAAGAUACCAGCAUUCAGUGAAAAUGAUCCUGAAACAUGGAUUGUGUGCAAUUUUUCUGUGGAACAUGACAGCGCUCCUCUGAACAAUCGCUGUGUCCGUGCCAAAAUAAAUAUUGCUAUGAUAUGUCAGACAUUAGUAAGCCCACCAGAGGGGAACAAAGAAAUAAGCAGAGAUAAUAUUCUAUGCAAGAUUACUUAUGUAGCUAAUGUCAACCCAGGAGGGUGGGCACCAGCAUCCGUGUUACGGGCAGUGGCAAAACGGGAAUAUCCCAAAUUCCUGAAGCGUUUUACAUCAUAUGUGCAAGAGAAAACAGCUGGAAAAUCUAUUUUAUUCUAGUAUUAGCAGUGAUCAGAACAAGACUGGGUGAGCAUUCCACGUUGGAGAAGUGACCAUACAUAGAGCACUCCAUGCUGGAACGAAGGAUCUACAGUCUUCUUACAGCCCAAAUUCUAGGCUUUGUAUACUGAAGUGAAGAAGUGUUGCAACACCGUGAGGUUGAAUAUUUAACACUAGCUCUCUCUUCUGCUAACUUCUCUUGCUGAAUCAGUGUGUCAUUAUAAAUACAUGUAUUGAUAACAUGUAUAUGGCUCUAUUUUUAUUUGCUUACUUUAGAAGAGGAAGAACGUACAACUUUGAAUCACCAACGUGGGUUGCUGCUGUAAUUUUAAGCAACUUGCAGAAUUUCAGUGUCAGCCUUCCUCAGAUAACUGCAUAGUUUUUGUGCAUGUCUAAAAAGCACAAAAGACAAAUGCACAUAUAGCAUACUGUAUGUGCUUUAUAUGCACAAAAAUCGGUGGUGUUUUGAGGAAGGAUGAAGGGAGGAGUUCAGUAAAGCCUAGUGACUUACUGGCAGGUCUUGUUUUGCUUUGUAUAAUCAUAGUUCAUUGCUGCUGGUUUCUAUAAUGAAUCAUCUUGUUACAUAAAAUGUCAGUUAAUAACUGAGGGCUGUCAAUAUCCUUAUGACUUUGCCUUUUCUAUUGUCUUACUCUUAUGAAGAUCUUUAUUUCUGAAGGAGUAAGAGUGUGAAAAGCUUUAUUUUUUUCCAGAUAUCUUUAUAUUUCUAUUGUAUUUUUUAGUUAUGUAAUGUGCUACAGAAUUUUUGUUAUUAAACAUGACCCAGAAAUUUCUGGAAAGAGUCUAUAUGGAAGGGCAAGAGACUGUCUGAAAGCUAAAAGUCAUCUGUCCGUGCUAGAUGUGGUCUGCUUUCCUGUGUGAUCUCUAGAGGGCUUUUCUGAGGCUUUGAGAAGGUACACUAUAAUAUUUAUUGAAGUAAUUUGGGCUACAUAGGACAACAUUCCUGAUCUAGAAUGAGGAUGAGUACAUUACUUUCAAAUCCUGCAUGUGUUUUCCUCAUCUUAAUAAAGCCAUGCUAUGAGGUUCAUGUAGAAAACUAGUUGCAUUGAUACCUGCCACUUGAUCAAAAACCUGUCAGAACUAUGACAAUGCAUUGAUCUUCUUGGAAAGUUCCCUUUAGUUGCUGUGAAAAUUUAAAUGUCAGAUACUUGCCUGCCUUAGAUUCUGGGGAUGCUCAUUGGGAGACAACUCUCACAGACUGGUACUCACUUUGAGUUAUUUAAUCCACGUCCUGUAGCUGGAAAAUAUGCAGAGGCUCUGCUGGGUGUUUCACUGACCUGUAUAUCUCAAGAAAAAAGAGUUUCAGAUAUCUAUUUUUCUCAAAAGAAAGGAGAAAGUUGUAUUUGAUAGAGUAUAGUAGGUGCCUGAAAAUAACUAUAUAAGAGAGUAACUUAAUAAAGAUCUGGUGAAUGAUAAAGGGGAUAUUCACAGUGUUAGAAAAAAAACAUGUUCUUUUACCUGUUCAUUUUCUCUGUUGAGAUAAAACCACACAUAGCACGUGAUUACACAUGCACGCGGAUUUCAUGCUCCAUAACUGUACCUUUUUUAUUUGCCUUUCUCUGAAAGUGUGCAUGGAAUAUGCCUUAUUACAGAACUAUUCUGUUAAUUUGAAUACGUAGAAAAGUGCCUAUAUGGUAAUGCUAGUAAGGCAAACGAGACAAAAAUUUAUACAUGUUUACUAUAUCACCAGUGAGCAUUUUAUAUAGUAAUGUUGAAAAAUAAUUCUUAUACCUCAACUGUACUUCAUCUUUUUACAAUCAACAAACAACGAUUCAUUCACCAUAGCUGCUGAUGGGAACUUCAAAAGAGAAAAAAAAAAUGUCCAAAAGAGUGUGAUUCCUUAUUUGCCAUUUCUGAUAGCAGUUGUUAAACACAGGUGAGUAACUGUUUAUUAAUUUAAUUGGAUAGCUUUAUUUUACAAAGGAAUGGAAAGUUCACAAAGCAGUAUAUAAAUCUUUUAUCAUUAGUUGCAUUUGCACUAAAUGUGAUGUACUUUUGUGAUCUAUUCUGUAAAUAAAAUCACACUACAGAUACUCUUUGUAAAGAAUACACUUUACUUUUAGAUAAAGGCACUGGUACUUCACUGCAGUUAGCCCUGCCCAAUCAGUGUUGAAAGAGGCUUCCUAAAAUUGUGGGAGGAGUUGCAAGAUUGAGGCAUAGGAUUAAAAGACCUAAAAAAAAAAAAAGAAAGCAGCUUUCUUUAGGCCUGUUGGACUGCCUGUGUGCAAGUGGCCAUCAGAGCCUUUCUUCCAGAAGGGAUCUUCCUGUUAUGGUUUUAUAAAAUUUCUCCAGAGCUGAACCCCUUGUCCAGACACUGCCACAAUUAGGAGCACUCUGUUCUUUUCAUCCUCUUAAUGGAUCUGUAGAAUACUGCUAUGAUUUUCUUAGCAGAAUCGCAGAAGCCCUUUGCUCUAGGAUAGCUGUCUCUGUAAAUUGAGCCCACGUGAAGGGCUGGGGAUAUGGCAGUCUAAGGAAAUAGCCUGACAGAACUCCUCAUGGGAGCGAGGAUGAGCAAUAGUCAUUGCCAGCCUGUCUGGGAAACUGAACAACUUACUGUGAGCAACUUAGGUGUGAGAAGUACGGUGCAUUUUAGGGGCUGAGGGGAAAUUACCUUUAUUUAGUUGGGCUGAGCUGGCUUAUCUGAAGUUGUGAGAUUCUCUUUAAACUAAUCAGAUUGUCCACCUGUAUUUUUGUCACGUUGUACAGAUAACGCUGUAUUUGAAUUGCCACUGUUCAUCUACAGACUCAGAACAUGAAUCAUAUUUUUGAGUACCUUGAGUGUGUAGAGUGUAACUGUUAUAUAAUAGCUUUAUGAUCCUAAUGAUAAGUUUUAAAAAUUAAAAGUUGGCUCUUCUAUGUUACAAUCACAAAUUUAAAACCAGUAUUUAAAGUGAAAAGUAUUAAAAAUUAUGAAGAAAACCCCUGGUUUGUAGUUAUUUCUAACUUUCAGUGCUUUAAAGGAAACUUACUUCAAUAUUUUACGCUGUAACCAACCUUUGGAUUUUAUAUGAAGUUGUAUGCCGUACUGCAGUGUAGUAAUGUAAAACAUUUAACAGAAAGCAGCUUGCUUGUGUUACUGAGGUUGCUGAAGUGAAAACUGGAAUGCCACAUGAGCUGUUGAUGUGUGAAAAAUCUCAUUCUGUACUAGCAUAUCAGAAGCAUGUUAGACGAUACUCCUGUACAGUAUAGUUUUAAUAUAGAGGACUUCCAAAGUUGUA